AAUAUCUCUAUCAUCUAUUUGUGGAUAAGAUUAAUACCAUGUCUCAAAUUUCAACCUAAUCUCCAUCCACUAUAUAUAUUACACGAUAUCGAGUUUAACAGUUUGUGCCGAAGAGUGAGUUAUACAGUUUGUGUCAAAGAGUGAUUCUUCAUCCUAGUUAUCUUUGAAGCAUAGAUUAGUUGCGGCAACUUUUGGUUAGCUAGCUAGUUGUGUUGAUCAAAUUGUGCGGUUUAAUUAUGGAUAACUUGAAGGAAGUAGAAGGAAAAAGAAUCCAUGACAAGAAGAUGGGCGCAUCAGCAAGGUGCUUAAUGGUGACUGGACCUGUCAUAGUUGGUGCUGGCCCAUCGGGCAUGGCGACUGCUGCUUGCCUUAAAGAAAAAGGAAUCCCUAGCUUGAUUCUUGAAAGGGCUAAUUGCAUAGCUUCCUUAUGGCAGCACAAAACCUAUGAUCGCCUUCGACUUCAUCUCCCUAAGAAUUUCUGUGAACUCCCUCUCAUGCCAUUCCCAGAAAGCUUCCCUUCUUAUCCAACCAAACAGCAGUUCCUAUCCUACUUAGAUGAUUACGCUAACCACUUUGGUUUGGAACCAGUUUUUAACACGACUGUGGUGAAUGCUGAAUAUGACCAUCGCUGUAGGUUUUGGAGAAUUAAGACUUUGGGGCUCAAACAAGAAGAGACUGAGUAUAUAAGUCAAUGGUUGAUUGUUGCCACUGGAGAGAAUGCAGAGGAGGUUAUGCCACAUAUUGAAGGAACGGAAAAUUUUGGAGGGCCUAUUCUUCACUCUAGCUCGUACAGGUGUGGAGAAACAUUUCGUGAAAAGAGCGUACUGGUAGUUGGAUGUGGGAAUUCAGGCAUGGAGGUGUCUUUGGAUCUCUGCAACUACAAUGCUCGUCCAACCCUCGCCGUUAGAAAUGCGGUGCACGUUUUGCCUCAAGAGAUAAUAGGGAUAUCAACUUUUGGAUUAUCUAUGUCCUUGCUCAAGUGGCUGCCCGUACGCCUCGUGGAUCAAUUUUUACUUCUAAUGUCGUGGUUUCUGCUCGGAGACACUGCUCAAAUUGGACUCAUUCGCCCCAAGCUUGGCCCUCUUGAACUAAAGAAUUUGUUCGGCAAGACACCUGUAUUAGAUGUUGGAACAAUAGGAAAAAUCAAAAGUGGGGAUUUUAAGGUAAUUCGACAAGGAAUUAAGAGACUGAAAAAAGAUAGCGUGGAGUUCAUUGAUGGGAAGGAUGAGAAGUUCGAUGCUAUCAUUCUAGCUACGGGUUUCAAAAGCAAUGUAGUAUCUUGGUUGAAGGAGACCGAUAUGUUUUCGCUGAAUAAUGGGAUGCCCCGGAAGCCAUUUCCAAAUGGAUGGAAAGGCGAGAAUGGGCUGUAUGCGGUAGGAUUUACUUACCGUGGCCUACUUGGUGCCUCUAUUGUGGCAAGAAAAAUUGUUGAAGAUAUUGAGCAUGAUUGGAAAGCUGAGGCCGCAAAUUUCCUGGCCUUCACUCGUGCCUCUCUGCCACAAUCUGAAUUAGAAGCGAAAGAAAUCAUCAAAAUUGAUAGAACUUUCUACUAA